UCGCAGCAGAAGUUGUGCAAACAUUGCAAGUCUAAUUGUGUUAAUUUUUUAUCAGUGAUCAGUUUUGUUGCCGAAGCCGAUUCUUGUUAAGCUGCCAAGCUUUAAAAAUGGGAAAAAAACGUGGAGGACGUCGCGGAAAAGCAGCAACCGCUCCGGAAAGUCAACCUCCCCCACAAGAAGAAACCCCGCCUUCCACCUCUGAAAUCCAAACCACGUCCACUCCCACCCCCCGAGAACGGCCGCAACCAGCACCUCAAGAGAUAGAAGAAACAACUUGGGGAAGAGGCCGCCCAUCACAACCGCCCACUCAAAAAGCAGCAAGACCUCCCCAAGAAACUCCAAACGUGUUGGGUAGGGGCAGGGGCAGAGGUGGAGAUCAACAAAUCCAGGAGAAACCGCCCCAAGGAAGAGGAAAGGGCAGAGGCGUGGUUCCACACAAACCUGGAUAUACGCGUGCGCAAACUUGCAUUGAGGCGUCACCAAAGCAGUCGCAGGGUGGAGCAAGACACGAAGCUGCCAAAGUACAACUAAAAGAAACUACCGAGUAUGAAUUUCCCACACAAUCGUUGUCGUUGUCAGAAAUUGCUGAUUUAGUACCUUUUAAACCUGGUGUUUCCGGAAGGAAAAUCCGCAUUGAAACUAACCACUUUCGAUUAAAUUUGGGUACUUUAACAACUGCUUAUCGUUAUAGUGUUGAUUUUUCACCAGAGAAGAGUGUGAAAAGGCUAUUAAAACGAGCAGUGACAAUUUUUUUGAAAAAUCAUGUUCCCGACUAUGAGCCAUGUUAUGAUGGUCAGCACAUUCUGUAUAGUGCGAGGAAGUUGCCGUUGGUUAAUGAUACUGUAAGUGGAAAUGUAGCUUUUCAGGAAAAAGAUUCUCCCUAUGAAGUUAAAUUUGAAAUAACGAUACGACUAACGGGAACUAUAGAUCUUUCUCCUUUAUACAAUUUACUGCAAAAGAAAAAUAUUGGUUUGGGUGAAGCAUUUCAGUGUGUUGAGACGGUUUUUAAACAAGCUUAUACAAACUCUUUUUUGAGUAUAGGAAGACGUUUCUAUACCCCAUCUACUGGAAACGAGUACCCUCUGGGGUCAGGAGCUGUUAUGUAUUUAGGAGGUUACCAAGCAGCAGUUAGUGGUUGGAUACCCUUCUUAAAUGUAGAUGUGGCUCACAAAGCCUUUACCAAUUCAACUUCUAUCAUUGACUUAAUCAAAGAAAUGUUUUCAACAAAAUACAAACCGGUUCAAGCUCAAGAUUUGCAAAAUAAUGGCCUUCAAAAAUGGCAGAUAGAACCAUUAACUGAGUACUUGAAAGGUUUGAGGGUCGUGUACCAGAUUCCAAACCAAUGUGGUUCUAAGAAAAUCUACAAAGUGAAUGGUUUUGCAAAUAUACCUUCUCAAGAGAAAUUCCAGUUUGAGGAUCAAGUCCUCACUGUGGAACACUACUUCAAGAGAAAGUGGCACUGUACGCUAAAAUAUCCAAAGUUGCCAACCUUAUGGGUUGGUAACGAGAAAAAGCGGAUUUGUGUACCAAUGGAGUACUGCCAUCUAAAAGACGGACAACCACUUGCUGGUUCUCGUCUAUUGAAGAAUCAAACGGCAAUAAUGACGAACUCAUCAGCUACAUCAACUUCAGAACGAAAAAAGAAGAUUCAAGAUGUCAUGCAGAAAGCUAAUCAUAAUGACAACCCAUGCAUCCGUGAGUUUGGUUUCUCCAUCAGUGAUACAUUUGAGUGUGUAGAUGCCAGGGUAUUGGAUCCACCACGUCUAGAAUACUGCGAUGGCAAAGUGGACCCUAAAAACGGUACCUGGUGGGCGAAGAAAUUUAAAGUAGGGGCAGAAAUCCGGCAGUGGACCAUCAUCGGUUUCGGAGUGCAACACGAUCGGAUUGGUACCAAAGUAAACGAGUUGGCACGACAGGUGGUGAACUUUGGACAAUCUACUGGUAUGAUCUUCUCCAAACCGGACGAACCCUUUGAGUACAUCUCCAGCGAUAAGCGCUCCCUUAUUAGUUGUUUGGAAAAGAAGAAGAACUACGACUUGGUUGUGGUCAUAAUUCCAAACAAUAAAGAUUCGUAUUACUUCGUAAAGCAAGAAGCCGAACAACGCGUUGGUCUUUUGACUCAAUGUGUCAAAGUCGACACUUUGUUCAAGCUCGACGAUCAGACAACAAUUCGAAAUAUUCUUCUUAAAAUCAACUGCAAGAUGAACGGUAUUAAUCACGUCUUGGCCAACUUGGACCUCAUAGACAAAGAGUCCUGCAUGGUGAUGGGUGCUGACGUCACUCAUCCCAGUCCACAAGCCAGAACUAUACCCAGCGUCAUUGCCGUCACUGCCUCUCACAACCUGAAAGCUACGAAUUACAACAUCCACGUCGGCUUGCAAGAACCAAGAACCACGCUGUCGGAGAUCAUCCAGAGUCUGGAAACCAUCACCAGAGACAAAUUGAAAAUCUUCCACAAUCAAACUGGUCAAAAACCUAAGAGAAUCUAUUUCUUCCGAGAUGGAGUAUCCGAUGGUGAGUUUGAAAGAGUCAAGGAGAUUGAAAUCAACGCAAUUAAGAGAGCAUGUGCAAGUUACGACUGCAAUCCUCAUCUUACAUUCAUCGUAGUGCAGAAAAGGCACAAUACGAGAUUUUUCCCCACUGAUAAGAGAUAUAGUACGGGUAAAUAUGAAAACGUACCAGUGGGGACCUAUGUGGACACUGUGAUUACGGAUCCAACUAUACCCAAUUUUUAUUUGAUGUCGCAUCAAAGUAUUAAAGGUGUUGGAAGGCCAACAAAAUAUUGUGUUCUACAUGAUGAAAAUAAUUUAAGUAAUGACGAUGUGGAAAAGUUGGCGUAUUAUUUGUGUCAUGUGUACACGAGAUGUAAUAGGGCGGUGAGUUAUCCAGCUCCGACCUACUUCGCACAUUUGGCGGCAGAUAGAGCUAAAGGGUAUCUCUACAAGAAGAAUAUUAAUUUGGACAACUUGAAUCAAGGUUUGGUAAAAAUCGAUAGCAAAUUUGCGUCUAAAAAUCCAAUGUUCUUUUCCUAAUUUGUUAGUUGUAAUAUUACUUUAUAUACAGGCUGUUAUUGAAAGGUACGUACAACAAAAUUGACAGUUGUUCGCGGAGUCUAAGAAGUCUGAAAAACUUAUUUUGUGUUAUCAAAAUUUUAAGGGGAAAAUUAACCCUUAUCCAACCUUUUUAGACGCUACUGAAGGAUAAAUAGGUAAAAUUAAUUUAUUUUAGUAAAUCCUGGCAAUUGUAACAAUAAUUAAAAAAUAAAAGACCCUUUUGUUGCUAUAGAAACGAAAAAUUACCUUUUUAUGAGAGGCGUACACCGAAUUUGGAUAUAAAUUUUAAUAAUUUUUAUCUCUAAAAGGAGAACAUUUUUACCUGAACUUUUUUUUUACUUUUAGCACCAAUUCUUCGAGACCAAUUGCCGAUUUUAUUUUGUACGUACCUUUCAAUAACACGCUGUAUAGCUGUUUUGGAGCUUAAUGAAUCGUUAUAGUGUUAUUGAAUAUUUUAUAUUAGUUUAUAUUAUUUCCUCCAUGUUUAGUACGAUGCUUCCUAUCUGUUCUACAACUGUGGUUGGUACCAUAGAUACUCUUAACAUGUUUGAAAUAUUUUAGGAGAACUAAUUAUCGUAUUGUUCUAUUAUUCUUAUAAAUUGAUACUAUUCUUACUAAUCAUAUUAUAUUGUAACUCUAUUAUGUCUAUUAAAGGAGUUUGCAUCUUU